AUGCGCUUCAUGACGGUCGACAAUGUGCUGCACAACAACACCCAGAUACCUUCAGGCCAGCCUCGGUUACCACCAAUGCCAGCCCCCAGGCCGCAUACAUCGGCGGGCCUUCCUGCCCAAAGCCGGCGCGUCGUUUCCGGAGGCGGCAUUGCGAGCGUACAGUCCCGCACAGGCAAGCCCAUGCCCUCGCGUACCACCAAGAUCAGCGAGAAGCUCGUGCUCUUACCGGAAACGAGUGGCCAAGACGAGGCCGAGGACGAUGUACUCGAGGGCGGAGACGAUCUCGGCGUGAUAGAGGACGAAAUAGGACCGCUCAAAGACGACGAGCUGAAAGCUUUGCGGGCUAAAGGCAACAUUCGUGGCAAGAGCUAUGCGGAGAGGCUGCCGAAGCGCCAGAGAACGGAGAAGGUCAGUCGGCUGACGGCAUACUGUACUGCCCAAGCCUUCAAGGUCAAGUCCACUGCCGAGUUCCUGAGGAAGAAGCACGAAGCAAAAACGAAGCUCUACGACGACUGCUUGUACGUCGUGUACUCGCUACCUCUGCUCAAUGGCAACGAAGGGUACCGGGUACGUAGUCGGCCCAUCAUGAGGACGCCUGGUACGGGGAAGACAGUCCUUGAUCUGGAGAUUGAGAGGAGCGAGGGCCGCAGCCACCACGAGGGGUACUUUGAAGACGAUGCGUAUGCAAGCCCGAACAGCAGCCACGAGUCACCACAACUCAGCGACCAGUCCCUGGAAUACCAGAUGGACGAGGACCCCUUCCGCCAUGAGGACGACAACACCUCGCACAUGCAUAGACUGCGCCCAGACGCAAAGAAUUUGGCGGAAAUGUUUGUCUUCUCCUACGGCGUGGUCGUAUUUUGGAACUUCACAGAGCACCAAGAAAAGGAUAUCCUGGCCGACAUGACGUUCGCCGACGCUGAAGACGGCAUCAGUCUCUUGACGAGGCCACUCGAGCAGGACGACUACGAGACGGAGGAGUUUCACUUCGAGUACAGUGCCAGCGUCAAGCGACCGCGGGUCUUCAACGACAUGAUCACGUUGAUGCCACGAUCAGACCACAUGAUCAAGCUGACCAUCAGCCACGCCAUCGCCCAGAGCACCAGGCUAUGCUUCUUUGAGGAAAGGAUGAGCGAGACGAUGCAGGAUGCACAGGACGUGCCAAAGACGCUCGCUCUCACGGGCGAGCUGAACAUGACGAGGAAGGAGAUUGUCAAGAUCCUCGGCCGUCUCUUCAAGAGUCGCGUCGACAUUAAUCUCUCCUCCAACAUUCUCGACGUGCCCAACUUCUUCUGGGACUCUGAACCCACUCUCCACCCUCUCUACGAAGCCAUCCGCGAAUAUCUCGAAAUCGACCCGCGCAUCAAGGUUCUCAACGAGCGCUGCCGCGUGUUCCUCGACCUGGCCGAGAUACUCUCUGACUCCAUCGCCGACUCCAAGAUGAGCGUCAUCACCUGGAUCAUUAUUGUUCUAAUCAUCAUCUCCAUCCUGGUCACCGUCACCGAAGUGGGUCUCCGCUUCGCCAUUCUCCAAAAGAGCGGCGAAAACGGGAGGGGACUCGUCGACGCAGGCGAUUUGGUCCAGAUCCAGACCGGCCCCCCCUUUUUACUCGACCAACACCCGCGGGAUGUAGCAGAGAUGAGCGGCCUCGAGAUGCUCGCCUUGGAUCUCGGCCUGGAUAGCAACGCCAGCUUGAGCGACGUCAGGAUGGGCAUACAAGAGUUGAAGCGACAGAUAUAA